AUUAUCUGCCACCUCUUUAUUACAAGUUCAGUUUUCGUGUUCCUUAUUACUCGUGUUUCAAUGGGUUCCUUAUCCGACCAGCCCCACUUCGUGUUGUUCCCUUUCAUGGCUCAAGGCCACUUGCUCCCCAUGGUGGAUAUCGGUCGACUGUUGGCACAACGUGACACGGUUGUUACUAUAGUCACGACGCCUCGUAAUGCCGGCAGAGUCCGGAAAACUGUCGAUCGAGCCGUCGAAUCGGGGCGCCCUAUUCGUCUAGUGCAGCUCGAGUUUCCCGGGAAAGAAGAAGGAUUGUCGGACGGGGUCGAGAACAUAGACAUGAUGUAUUCAGUGGAGGACUUCAACAAGUUCUUCACUGCAGCAAACAAGAUGGGAGCAGCAGUGGAGAAAUUGUUCGAGGAGCUAACACCGCGCCCCAGUUGCAUUAUUUCGGACAUGUGCCUCUUUUAUACGCGCAAAAUUGCUGCCAAGUUUCAUGUUCCGAGGAUAUCGUUCCAUGGAUUUUGUUGCUUCUGUCUCCUUUGUCUGCACAACAUACAUUCCUCCACGGUACUCGAGACCGUAACCUCGGAUUCCGAAUACUUCGCCGUUCCGGGCUUGGCCGAAAAGGUCGAAUUUACUAAAGCACAGUUACCGUCGAGACACAACGAUGAAACCUGGGAUGAAAUAACUAAACAAAUUGCAGAAGCUGACCGAGAAUCAUAUGGAGUUGUCAUAAAUACGUUUGAGGAACUGGAGUCGGCUUACGUCGACGAGUAUCGAAAGGUUAGGAAAGCUUGGUGUAUCGGUCCGGUUUCUCUUAGCCACAAAGACGAGUCGGAUAAGGCCGAAAGAGGCAACAAGGCUUCAAUCAAUGAGAAGCAGUGUCUGCAGUGGCUUGAUUCUCAAGAAACAAACUCUGUCAUCUAUGCGUGCCUUGGAAGCAUCAGCUCCGUAAGGUGUCCGGAGCUGAUAGAGUUGGGUUUGGGGUUAGAGGCAUCGAACAAGCCGUUCAUUUGGGUCCUAAGAGGAAACGAGACAUCGGACGAAGUGGAUACAUGGAUUAAAGAGGAUGGAUUCGAGGAUAGAACGAAAGGAAGAGGGCUUGUAGUUAAGGGAUGGGCUCCCCAAGUACUCAUCUUGUCACACCCUGCAAUCGGAGGCUUCCUAACACAUUGCGGGUGGAAUUCGACGAUUGAAGGUAUUUCUGCAGGCGUCCCAUUGAUAACGUUCCCGCUCUUCGCAGACCAAUUUUGCAACGAGAAACUUGUAGUACAAAUACUUAAAAUUGGAGUCAGCCUCGGAGCCGACAUACCGACGGCCACUUAUCUAGAGAAAUAUGGGUUCAAGUUGAAGAAGGAACAAGUUCAAAAUGCAAUACACCAAUUGAUGGACGAAGGAGAUGAAGCAAUAGAGAGGAGGAAACGAGCUAAGGAGUUCAGAGAGAAAGCAGUAAAUGCUGUUGAAGUAGGAGGCUCUUCUUACCUUAACAUGACUCUGUUAAUCCAAGAUAUCAACCAACAAUAUCGGAAAAUGAGUUCGAAUUCGAUUCGAGAUGAGAUAUGAGAGGUUCUAUCAUGUAAAUGUACACAUCCACACAUGAAUAAGAAUUCACUUGUACUCCCACAUCAGC